AUGGCUGAAGCAAAUCUUAAUUAUCAAACAAUUAAAACAACACAUGCUGCACGUGAAGCUGAUGAUCAAAGAAAUGAAAAUCGAAAGAAAAAUUUAAUUAUUCUUAUUCUUCAUUGGCUUGCUGAUGAAGGUUAUAUUGAAUCUGCGAAACAAUUAGGACAUGAAACAAAUCUUGAUGUUAAUAAAUUUGAUGUUUGUGAUAAUGUUGAUCUUACUACAAUUCUUCAAGAAUAUGAAUCAUAUUUUCAUGUUAAAUACAAUCGAUAUCCAAAAAUAACGAAGAAAAAUGGACCAUCGACAGCAGCAUUUAUGAGUAAAAUAUCGGCAAAGAUGACUAGUGCUCCGGCUUCUAAUCGUCGUGCUCAUGUACCGCCAUUACCUCGUGUAACUAGUAAUGGUACAGAAAAUGUUGCGAGUUCGUCUAGUCGUCUACCAUCAGCUGGUGAAGCACUUCAUCGUCUACCAACUACUGGUAAAUCUAAUCAACCAAAUAUAGAAAGAAUAAAUGCCCAUGUACCACCUCCUGUAGGUGUACAACGACAAAGUUCUACACAACAACCAGGAACUAAUUCAUUAGAAGAUAUGAAUAUUUCAUUUAUGAAAGUUUCAUCAGUUAAAUCAGCACCACCAUCCAGUGAACAACAAAAGAAAAAGUCUGGCCUUAAUGAUACACUACGUGCACAUCCUGCAGACAAUACUGAUCCAUCUGAUCGUCUGUUAAAACCAUUAGGUGGUUAUACUGGUUAUACAUCUGAAUGGCGUGAAUUGGCUGAAGUAAUCAGUCGGGUAAAUAACAAAAAAAGAAGAGAAAAUUAA